CUCUUACCAGUUUUGGUGCUAUUCACACACGGAGAGAAGGGCGGCAGCUCCAGCCCGAGCAGCCGACGAAGCCCAGGUAACAAGAAAGAACCUGAGAUCUGAAUCUGGAUCUUAAAUUGGAGUAGAUCAGCAGCCAGUGCACUUGCGACUCAACCUACCUCUGCCCCUCUUCGCCCUCUGCUCGCCAUCCACCGUUCGCCGCCGCCUCCUCGCCCGGAUAAAAUGACGACGGCCUCUUCCUUUGCCGCCGUCUUCAUCAGCAGCGCCAUCGCCUCCUGCUUCGCUGAGCUGUGCACCAUUCCUCUCGACACAGCCAAGGUGCGGCUUCAGCUGCAAAAGAAAACGGCUGCUGGGCCUACACCUACAGGGGGGAUGCUGGGCACAAUGAUGUCGAUCGCAAGGGAGGAAGGCAUCACCGCUCUUUGGAAGGGCAUCGUCCCUGGCCUUCACCGACAGUGCAUCUAUGGUGGCCUCCGCGUCGGCUUGUAUGAGCCUGUCAAAACCUUAUUUGUGUUUGUAGGCGAAGCCACUUUAUUGAACAAGAUUUUUGCUGCUCUUACCACUGGUGUCAUAGCAAUUUCUGUUGCAAACCCAACUGAUCUUGUCAAAGUGAGAUUGCAAGCUGAUGGAAAAUCUACUGCUGGCAAGAGACACUAUUCUGGAGCCCUUAAUGCGUAUGCCACCAUAAUCAAACAGGAAGGUAUUAGAGCUUUGUGGACUGGCCUUGGUCCAAAUAUGGCACGCAAUGCUUUAAUUAAUGCUGCUGAGUUGGCCAGCUAUGAUCAAUUUAAACAGAUGUUUCUAAGUCUUCCUGGUUUUACCGAUAAUGUUUAUACCCAUCUUCUAGCUGGACUUGGUGCCGGUAUUUUUGCUGUUUGCAUUGGAUCUCCACUGGAUGUGAUGAAAUCAAGAAUGAUGGGUGAUUCAUCAUACAGAAGUACAAUUGAUUGUUUCACCAAGACGUUGAAGAAUGAUGGAGUUGCUGCUUUCUAUAAGGGGUUUGUAGCAAACUUUUGUCGAGUUGGGUCAUGGAAUGUGAUAAUGUUCUUAACUAUGGAACAGGUUAGAAGAUUUUUUUUGUAAGAAUUACGUGGUGCCUCUACAGUCUACACUGCAAGGCUCUGCCGAACUGGCUACAGUUUCGGGAGUAGCGGGCAUAUGCUCAUAGGAUUCCGAUUUUCAUUGUACAGGAGAAUGCAUUCUCAUGUUGUAAUUUGAUCUAUGUGAUGACUACGACAUAAUCAGUAACGAUCAUGUUGUAUAUUAUUAGCAUUGUUCAGGACCAUUUUAUGGGGUUAAUAAAUAUUAGGAGUUCAUUUUGUUUUUA